AGACACGCCCUGGCUCUACAGAAAGUAAUAAGAGUACUAAAGAGAACACGUCCAAGUCACCAGAUCUCGGACCAUUAUCUGAGUUCCACCAGCUUCUCUUAUUGAGAAUGCUGCGUCCUGACCGACUCCCUGUUGCUCUCGCGAAAUAUAUCAACAAGUACCUGACACUGAACCUACCUGAUCAGAUAGAGUUUAAUCUACAAGACACACUACGAGACUCUCGCCGUCAUCUUGGAGUUCUCUUACUACUACCAGAAAGUUUGUCUUCUAUAAAAUCACAGCCUGUAACCAGGUUAAAGAUGACUCAUCCACCAGUAGAUGUGCUCUUCAAACUUGCUAAGAGUGAGAACGUGAAUGUAGAACAUGUACGUAUUGGUGAAGGUAGUGAGGUGCUAGUAGAGGAAGCUAUAGACACUGCUGAGAAGAACGACGGCUGGGUCGUUAUUGAAGACCUACAUUUAGCUCCUGAAAAAUUCUGUAACCAGCUUAAAAAACAUCUCAUCCGUGUAAACAGGAGCAGAGAGAAGUUGAGAGCAAAUAAUCUAGAGGACCGCCAGAAGACGAGUAAAUUCUGUGUUUGGAUCACGAGUGAGCCGAGCGCCAGCAUACCAAACUUCCUGAUUCUCAAUCUUCACAAGGUGGCCUGGAACCAUAUGACCAUGGAUAUCCUAAAUCCUGACGUGGCUGAGACAAAUACUGAAUCUGGUGGAGACGGUGGGGAAGCUCCACUUGCCAUCAACUACAAGUCUCCACAAACAUAUCUACAUACUGCCAUUGUGUCAACAAUGAAACAGGUGCCAACAAAGGUUUGGGAGUUAGUCUUACAGGAGCCCCAGAAUAUCAGGAACAUUGCCUUCUCUAUAGCUGUUAUACAAGCCAUGCUUGUUGCUAGGCAACUGUUUGGUGCCCAGGGACUCAGUCAGUAUUAUCCAUUCCGGGAAGUUCAGACCGGACAAGCUAUGUUGCUGGUUCUCAGCAGAAUGUUGAGACCAACUGAUGAAGAUGGAGGGGAACCAAACAAGGAGAAGUUAACUCAGCUUGUUACUCAGGUGGUAUAUGAGAAUACAGCAUAUAGUGAGUUUGAUCAGGAAUACGUGAAGGCUCUAGUCAGAAAUGUUCUACAUAAUGUGUACACUGACUCCUCCGGAACACUUGUCCUUGGUACCGUCGCAAUCCCUACACCCCCAGCUAAUGUUGAGCCAAGUGAAUAUGCCUGGUGGUAUGAGAAGAAUGUAGAUGAAGAAUUUACCAUGUCUGCUUUACAACUUCACACCAGCGUGGAGAAAGAGGCCUGUGUUGCCAGCUCAACAGAGUUUAUUUCUAACAUGGACCACAUGUUCGAGACACAAAACAUGGAAGCGGGAGAUGUUUCCACAAGCAAUUCAGGUGUUGUAAAUCUUAAACGUCUCAGAUCCUCCCUGGAUAUCUGCCUUGAAGAUUUACCUCCCUUGUUGGAGCUUGGCCAGAUACCAGAUUCUGUACAACAGGAUUACAACUUCCCAUACCAUUGUCCCAGUGUGAUCUCCAUAGCAACUGCUUCAAGCACAAUGAUGCCAGAAACCAUCGGUUAUGUCCUAUUACAGGAAUGUUUAUGGCUGAACUCAAUACUCUGUCAUAUAAGAGAACAGAUUAACAGUUUACAGGAAAGACUUAUGGGCGGUCAAGAAGCUCUGCCUAAUGUAUACAUGACCACUGUACUCAGUUUACAGGAAGAACAUGUACCAGUGUCCUGGGUUCAUCCUAACUCUCAACCAUGUACACACUCACUUGUUUCCUGGUUACAAGACAUGCAGAAGAGAUAUGACCAGUUACAGUCAUUUGUUAAAUACGGAAUGGUGCCAACAUUUUCCGACGGUCAGAUGGGAGAAAAUCCUGUCAUUGGUCACGGUAGACUGACCAAAAUCUGGUUGGGAGGUCUCGUCAACCCAGAGGCUUUGUUAGCAUCAAUUAAACAAGAGAAAGCAGUGGUUAGCCAGUGUAAUAUUGAUGAUAUUGUGUUUGAGUGUGUUGUCUUGGAUACAGACAAUACAGCAGAAUAUGAUAUAGAUGAAGGUGGAAUGUUUAUAACAUCAGUAUAUCUACAAGGUGCAUCCUGGGACUACGAUAAUGAUUGUCUACAUGAUGCCAGCUCUGCACUAUUCAACAUACCAAGUAUAUACCUAAAGCCAGUACUGCGUGCAGAAUCACCUGACCCAGAGACACAGGAAAAUAGAAACAAGAAAAUUUACAGCUGUCCCGUAUACAUGAAUAGGAGCAGGCAAUAUGAGGUAGUACAGUUACAAUUAAACUGUCCACCGCCUACUGACACAUGGCACCUCAGUAGAACAGCUCUCAUGCUUGAUGCUGGUCUACCUGAAGAUGGCGUCAAGAAGUCACGCUCGUACUUAAUGAACCUCCGAGCAACCACUAUGAUGCCGACUGAAGAGUCCGAGGAGGAGUCUGAAGAAGGUGACGAAGAGCUUGAGGAACUUGAACCAGACGAGUCUGAUACUGAAGAUGUUGGUCCCUCAGAACCAUCCCAGUUAUCAUAUAGGCCUUUAAGUCCAAAAGCUCCACCACUUCCACCAGGACUUGGUUUAUUACGAGAACCACCCAUGGCUGAGGAACCAGACUCAGCCAAGUCAAAGGAAGGUAAAAGAUCACCAGCUGAUAGAAAAACACCUACUAGAAAAACACCUGACAGAAAAACUCCCACGAGAAAAACACCAUCUCGCACGCCACCACCAAAAACAACCCCGCCAAAAAUAUCACCAAGAAAAACACCACCACCAAAGGGUGAUAGAACACCUACAUUACAAGCAUUCCCAGAUGAUGAUAAAGAAAAAUCAAAAGAACAAACAGAAACAAAACAAGACAGACAAAGUCCAGGAGGACGCAUGUCUCGAGGCUCCAAAGGAUCUCGAGGAAGACUUUCACAAGCCUCGAAAAAAGUAAGCGGUGAUAUUGAUGCAGAAGAUGAAACAAGACCUUUCUCACAAGCUCAUGAGGAACCUCUAACUCAAGUGGAGAUAGAAACAGAGGAUGGGGCUCAAGACACAGAUAGAAAUGAAAACAGAGCAGAAACUCCGGCAAGUCAGAAAGAGGCACGAAGGGAGGGAACUCCUCAAAAACAAACUGAAACUGAUCAACAAUAAAACAAACUUGAUUUAUAACUGAUUUUAUGUGGUUAUUCUUGGAACUGUUCAGGGUUCGUUUGAUUGUAUUGUUUAUGAGCAGAUAAUUGAAUAUGUUCAACAUAAUUGACUAAUUGGUUAAGAGUGUGUCUUUUCUUUUUUGAAAGUCGAUUUACUUGUGUUUAAUCAUAGGAGAGAUUUGACGUUAUAUUGACAAAUAUUGUAAGUUAAUCAUCAUCUAUUGUUAUUCGAAUGUGACUGUAUCAUAUUUUGAUCUUGACUUGAUGUUGAUACAAAUAUGAAUACCAUAUCUAUUGUGUAUAUAGGAUACUGUGCUAUAAGGACAACUGCCAAGGUUUACACGAGGAGCUUUUUGCUGUGCUGAUUUUGACAUUCACUUUAUUAUAGUUAUUUGAUAAUCCACAAAAAUGGCAAAUAUCCGUCCAAUUUGUUUCUAUAUAAUUAUGCUCAUAAAAAGUCACAUUCCAAAACAUUUUUCAUAUAUAGUUUUAGUUUUCACUUCACUUAGGUCU